AUGCCGAGAAGCAGUUCCUGCUGUGUCAAUGCAGGUUUGCCUCUGAGGCUUGUGAAUGGCGGUCAUCAGUGUCAGGGCCGGGUGGAGGUCCUGUACCAAGGCUACUGGGGCACCGUGUGUGACGACAGCUGGGACACCCAGGAUGCAGAUGUCGUCUGUCGGCAGCUCGGCUGUGGCCAUUCUCUAUCAGCACCUGGAGGGGCCUACUUUGGUCAAGGCUCAGGGGACAUUCUCAUGGGAGCUGUGUACUGCUUGGGACAGGAAUCCUACCUGUCCAGCUGUCAGCAUGAUGGCUGGUAUAACCAUGACUGUGGCCACAGGGAAGAUGCCGGCGUCGUGUGUUCAGGAACAAUCCAUCUUGUCUUUCCAGGUACAGAUUCUGGUUUGGCUCUGAGGCUGGUGAAUGGAAGCGACAGGUGUCAGGGCCGUGUAGAGAUCCUUUACCAGGGUUCCUGGGGCACCGUGUGUGAUGACAGUUGGGACAUCAAUGAUGCCAACGUGGUGUGCCGGCAGCUGGGCUGUGGCUGGGCCGUGUCUGCUAAAGUAGAAGCCUGGUUUGGGCAGGGCUCCGGGAACAUUGUCCUGGAUAAUGUGGCCUGUAGUGGACAUGAGUACAAUCUGUGGAGCUGCCGCCACAAUGGCUGGCUUUCCCAUAACUGUGGACACUACGAGGAUGCUGGAGUCAUCUGCUCAGGCGUUCAUAUUACAUAUUGCAUUAAACCCCAUGAGAGAGCUGUCCAUGAAUGCACAAGCUCCAUCAUCCACACAAGAACUAAAGGAACAAUCCAUCUUGUCUUUCCAGGUACAGAUUCUGGUUUGGCUCUGAGGCUGGUGAAUGGAAGCGACAGGUGUCAGGGCCGUGUAGAGAUCCUUUACCAGGGUUCCUGGGGCACCGUGUGUGAUGACAGUUGGGACAUCAAUGAUGCCAACGUGGUGUGCCGGCAGCUGGGCUGUGGCUGGGCCGUGUCUGCUAAAGUAGAAGCCUGGUUUGGGCAGGGCUCCGGGAACAUUGUCCUGGAUAAUGUGGCCUGUAGUGGACAUGAGUACAAUCUGUGGAGCUGCCGCCACAAUGGCUGGCUUUCCCAUAACUGUGGACACUACGAGGAUGCUGGAGUCAUCUGCUCAGCUGUCCAUGAAUGCACAAGCUCCAUCAUCCACACAAGAACUAAAGGAACAAUCCAUCUUGUCUUUCCAGGUACAGAUUCUGGUUUGGCUCUGAGGCUGGUGAAUGGAAGCGACAGGUGUCAGGGCCGUGUAGAGAUCCUUUACCAGGGUUCCUGGGGCACCGUGUGUGAUGACAGUUGGGACAUCAAUGAUGCCAAUGUGGUGUGCCGGCAGCUGGGCUGUGGCUGGGCCGUGUCUGCUAAAGUAGAAGCCUGGUUUGGGCAGGGCUCCGGGAACAUUGUCCUGGAUAAUGUGGCCUGUAGUGGACAUGAGUACAAUCUGUGGAGCUGCCGCCACAAUGGCUGGCUUUCCCAUAACUGUGGACACCAGGAGGAUGCUGGAGUCAUCUGCUCAGGUACAGAUUCUGGUUUGGCUCUGAGGCUGGUGAAUGGAAGCGACAGGUGUCAGGGCCGUGUAGAGAUCCUUUACCAGGGUUCCUGGGGCACCGUGUGUGAUGACAGUUGGGACAUCAAUGAUGCCAACGUGGUGUGCCGGCAGCUGGGCUGUGGCUGGGCCGUGUCUGCUAAAGUAGAAGCCUGGUUUGGGCAGGGCUCCGGGAACAUUGUCCUGGAUAAUGUGGCCUGUAGUGGACAUGAGUACAAUCUGUGGAGCUGCCGCCACAAUGGCUGGCUUUCCCAUAACUGUGGACACUACGAGGAUGCUGGAGUCAUCUGCUCAGAUGCCCAAAUCCAGUCCACACCCUGGUUCGUAACCUAUACCUGUGGAGGAAACCUGACUGGCCACUAUGGGAACUUUAACAGUCCCUUUUACCCUGGGAAUUAUCCUAACAAUGCCAGAUGUGUGUGGAACAUUUUGGUCCCAACCAACAACCGUGUGAGCUUGAACUUCAGAGAUUUACAGCUUGAAGGAGGCUGCAGCUAUGACUACAUCCUACUGUAUGAUGGCCCUGAACAGUAUUCUUCUCCCUUUGCUCGAGUUUGUGAUGGAGCCAAUGGAACUUUCACCUCCACAGGCAACUUCAUGUCUGUUGUCUUCAUCACUGAUGGCAGUGUCACCAGGAGAGGGUUCCAGGCUAACUACUAUGCUACCUAUGCCCCUUCCACCACUCUUCCACCGCCAUUCCCAACCACUCCAGGCAGGUCUGAGGUGUGUCCUGGGCUCCAUGAACAUGUCCACCCUUUCCUUACAGUAAACUAUACCUGUGGAGGAAACCUGACUGGCCACUAUGGGAACUUUAACAGUCCCUUUUACCCUGGGAAUUAUCCUAACAAUGCCAGAUGUGUGUGGAAUAUUUUGGUCCCAACCAACAACCGUGUGAGCUUGAACUUCAGAGAUUUACAGCUUGAAGGAGGCUGCAGCUAUGACUACAUCCUACUGUAUGAUGGCCCUGAACAGUAUUCUUCUCCCUUUGCUCGAGUUUGUGAUGGAGCCAAUGGAACUUUCACCUCCACAGGCAACUUCAUGUCUGUUGUCUUCAUCACUGAUGGCAGUGUCACCAGGAGAGGGUUCCAGGCUAACUACUAUGCUACCUAUGCCCCUUCCACCACUCUUCCACCGCCAUUCCCAACCACUCCAGGUGAGUCCACAUCUGCCUCAGUCUUUGUUUUCUCUCCAGAUUGGUGGACAACAACUCCUUACUAUGUAAACUAUACCUGUGGAGGUUUCCUGACCCAACCCUUUGGGAACUUUUCCAGUCCAUUCUACCCCAGGAAUUAUCCUAACAAUGCCAGAUGUGUGUGGAACAUUGAGGCCCCAAACAACUACCGUGUGACCUUGGUCUUCAGAGAUGUGCAGCUUGAAGGGGGCUGCACCUAUGACUAUAUCGAGGUUUAUGAUGGCCCCCACCACAGUUCUCCUCUCAUUGCUCGCGUUUGUGAUGGGGCCAUGGGCUCUUUCACUUCAACAUCCAACUUCAUGUCAGUUCGCUUCAUCAGUGAUCAUAUCAUUACUCGAAGGGGGUUCCGGGCUGAGUACUACACGAUCCUUGCCAAUAACAUCACCAGUCUCCUUUGUUUGUCAAAUCACAUGCGAGCCAGCGUGAGCAGGAGCUACCUUCAGUCCAUGGGUUAUUCUCCCAGUGAUCUUGUCAUUCCUGGUUGGAAUACAAACUACCAGUGCCGGCCACAGAUAACACAGAGUCAGGUCACAUUCACAAUUCCCUACACAGGCUGUGGCACUACCAAACAGACUGACAAUGAGACCAUCAACUACUCCAACUUCCUCAAAGCAGCUGUUUCGAAUGGCAUCAUCAAAAGGAAAAAGGACCUCCACAUCCAUGUCAGCUGCAAGAUGCUUCAGAACACCUGGGUCAAUACCGUGUACAUCACCAACAACACUGUCGAGAUCCAAGAAGUCCAGUACGGCAAUUUCGAUGUGAACAUCUCCUUUUAUUCAUCCUCCUCCUUCUUGUAUCCAGUGACCAGCAGCCCAUACUAUGUGGAUCUGGACCAGAACUUGUACCUUCAGGCUGAAAUCCUCCAUUCUGAUGCUUCUUUGGCCUUGUUUGUGGAUACCUGUGUGGCCUCCCCCUACCCCAAUGACUUCUCGUCUUUGACAUAUGAUCUCAUCCGGAGUGGAUGUGUAAGAGAUGAAACUUACCAACCCUACUCCUCGCCUUCACCACGCAUCGCUCGCUUUAAAUUCAGUUCCUUCCACUUCCUGAACCGCUUCCCCUCAGUGUAUCUGCAGUGUAAACUGGUGGUGUGCAGAGCAUAUGAUGCUUCUUCCCGGUGCAACAGAGGCUGUGUGGUGAGGUCCAAGAGGGAUGUAGGCUCCUACCAAGAAAAGGUGGACGUUGUCCUGGGACCUGUCCAGUUGCAAUCCCCUGGCAAAGAUAAGAGGAGCCUGGACUUGGCAGUGAAGGACGAGGAGAAGCCAGCUAGUACCCAGGCCGUCUAUCCCACUGCCGCCAUCUUUGGUGGGAUCUUCCUGGCCAUGGUCCUAGCUGUGGCAGCCUUCACACUGGGAAGAAGGACACGUGUUGCCCGUGGCCAACCCCCAAGCACUAAGAUGUGAAGCAAAGCACACCCAGACUCUGGCUCUGCACCCACACGUUCCCAGAAAGGAUGGAAGACAUGAGCAUGUGAUGCCCAGCACCGGGAUACACCAUGGCUAGGUUUACCUUAGCACAGACGCAUGGCAGAGUAUGAUGAGAUGGCAGAGGAAAGGUGGGGCCAAGUUCCCCCAGCGUCUGCAGGCUGAAGGCUGGGAAGACUGUCAUAGGAAAACGAGACCAGUGUCUACGACCCCACACAACUGUGACCCAAACACUGGAGCACCAGUGAUUUCUCUAGCUAGCCCCCUUUCCACCUUUUGUAGUUACUUUCUCGACCUGUAGUGUCAGUCUCCAUCUGUCCUCACAA